AUGGCAGUGCAGACAGUGCUGACUCUGCGACCCUCAGCUCAAGGAUUUGUCAAAUCAGUCAAGGAGUCUCUUGAGCCUUCGCAACGGGCAUCUUCCGACCUCAGCGACGGAAAUGGAACGGACGCGCCCGCCGUUUCACCAGUUACAACAGUCGCUGCCUCGGCGGGCCUUGAACGUCCAGUACCGCCCCGGUACAAGCAUCGUUCAUCCUCUUCGCAAGGUUCCGGGCUCGAAGAGGUCGUUCCGAGCUCGCGGAUACAGGCUGUAGACGACAACAAAGAGAUUUCUAAUGACGUGCCGUACGGUCCCAAUGCUCAGGUAGACUCACCUACCUCCGACAUGGAGGGAGUAUCCCCGACUGAUCCUGAGGCCUAUUCGUCCGCGCCUGGCGUUGACUGGGCUGUAACUUCGGGGUGGCAGAAUCCCAAAGUAUACUAA